AUGCUUUGGAAACGUUCUAUUUCGAUAUUAAGACCAUCACCAACAACAGUGAUUCCAUCCAAUGUACUAUCCAGUCCACAACUGGACUUGAAGCCACUAUUCGAAAAUGAAUCGGAUCAAACGGUCACAGAAAAUGGCGCCAUUACAAGCACCACUAGGUUCCAGCUCUUGGGCGAUAAUCCCACUUUAGCAUCAAUUCAAGUGUCCCCUUCUAUUCCACUGUAUGUGAGGCACCGCUCACUGGUUUCGAUUCACGAUGCAGACAGAUUGUCCAACGUUAGUGUGUCGUUCAAGAAAUGGUUCAAAUUGUGGCCCACACUGUCAUUGAGCAGGUUCGAUAAGGUUGUGGGAACCAACCAAUUUAACUGUCUCGUUUCCUCUGUAAGGCCCUCAGAUACGCUCUCCCUAUUGCAGUUGAACGGGACGUACGACUGGAUAGUUCUCAACCCAAACAGUAUACUCUCUUUCGAAGAAAACUCAUCGCUCUCCAUCCAAUGGUUCCACAAAUACCUAAACUACUUCGGAUGGCUCUCUAACAAGAUAUCCGUCUUCUCUAACUAUGGGAAAUUGUCUGGUCGUGGUAACGUCUUGCUCAAUGGCAGCGGCUCUAUCUACAAGUUGGAACUCAAGUCCGAAGAAGAUCAGAUCCUUCUACAAAAGAAUAGAAUCCUAGCCAUCAAUGGCCUCAACAAGCUCGACUUCAGCCAGGCAGUCACAUUGGAAAAGUCCUCGACGCUAAAGCAUACUGAUUCUAAGCAACUCGAAAACUCCACCCGUAAUGACACUAAUGCUGACAAUACAACUGCAAAUGCCUUCCUACAGUUCCUACAAAAGCUCGCAUCCUUCAUAAAAACCACAUGGCAAUCAUACAACUCGUCUGACUUUGUUAGGGUCAAAGGCCCAAGAACCGUAUUAGUGCAAACUGACCCUAAGUCCGCCAAUCACAUUUCCUGGGCCGACCACGCUAUGUCUCUAAAGCCUGCUAAAAACUAUCUAAGCUUCGCCAGCGUUACGAAGGACUCGACUAUCAAGUUUAGAAACACCUCAUCCCUUCUUAACAAGAAAUGA